GUAGUCGUGUGGCGAAAAUACGCCAAAUCGGUUGUUUAUUCACAGAUUGUGUAGUUGUUUUAUGACGUCAAGUGUAUAAGUUCGAGAUUCUUUGUGCCAUAUAUUGAUAUGAUAAAUGUUAUCUGCAUUUGAUAAUGAUAACAGGUUAUACCUAAGUAUCUACAAAAAGUAUUGCUAAUGUAGAAAUUAAAGUAGAAGAUUGUGUUAUAAUACUAUUGAAUUGUGACGGUGCUACUGCAGUUCCUAUUUCUGUUUAUACUGUACGCGGACACAGCACGCACUUGGCAGUUUUUGACUAAAAGCAAACUAACACGAGUAUUUUGCACAUCAAAAAUGCCCCGUGGGCGGGACGAGAUGCAAGUGAACGUUUCCGGUUUGAGGAGAAAUAUCAAAAACCUCGCGCACAACUAUUCCGAUGCUCAGGUCAAAGUGCGCGAGGCCACAUCGAACGACCCAUGGGGUCCGUCGAGCACGCUCAUGGCGGAGAUCGCCGACCUAACAUACAACGUGAUGGCGUUCACGGAGAUCAUGCAGAUGAUCUGGAAGCGGCUGAACGACCACGGCAAGAACUGGCGGCACGUGUACAAGGCGCUCGUGCUGAUGGAGUACCUCAUCAAGACCGGCAGCGAGAAGGUCGCGAUGCAGUGCAAGGAGAACAUAUAUGCGAUACACACGCUCAAGGACUUUCAAUAUAUGGAGGAGGGCAAAGACCAAGGUCUAAACGUAAGGGAGAAAGCGAAACAGUUGGUCAAUUUGUUGAAGGACGACGAACGAUUGAAGAACGAGCGAGCGCGAGCGCUUAAAGCGAAACAGCGGUUCGCGCAAAGCGCUAGCGCGUUCGGCAGUGACGGCGCGCUGGACACGCCGUCCAGUCCAGGCUACCCCACGAUGAGCAGCAGCGAGUCGGCGGAGUGGGGCGGCGGCGGCGGCGGCGGCGGCGGCGGCGGCGGCGGGCGCGAGGCGGAGCUGGCGCGGCCGCUGACGGCGGGCGAGGAGGAGCUGCAGCUGCAGCUGGCGCUGGCCAUGUCGCGCGAGGAGGCCGAGCGCGACGAGCGCCGCCGCCGCUCCGACGACGUGCGCCUGCAGCUCGCCAUCAGCCAGUCGCAGAACGACUUCCAGGCAACGGGCGUGGAUAAGAAGGCCGAGCCGGCGCAGUCGCACCUGCUGGACCUGCUCGACGUCAACCUGUCGCCCGCCGCCGCCGCGCCGCCGCCCGCGCCCCUCGACCCCUGGGGACUGUCCUCCCCGCAACACACACAGGAGUCGUCCCCGGGCGCGUGGCGGGCGCAGCAGCCGUGGUCCGCGCCGCCGCCCGACCCCUGGGCGCCGCUCGAACAGAACAAGUCGCAGGCGUCGGUCCUGUCGUCGCCGUCGUCGGGCUCGCUCGACCAGUUCGACGCGCUGUCGCAGCGGCCGCGCGCCGCCACCAAUGACCACGAUCACGACCACGACCCCUUCGACCUCACCGCGCUCGGCGACAAGCUGACCAAACCUGCGUCGCCGGCGGGCGUGAAGAAGUCCCCGUCGGCGUUCCUGGGCGAGAACUCCGGCCUCGUGAACCUGGAGCGGCUGCUGCAGCCGCCGCCGCCCGACCCGCCCGCGCCCAACCCCUUCGCCGCGCCCGAACCGCCGCGGCACGUGUUCGCGCCGCCGCAGCCGGCGAGAUUAACAAUCAACGAGUUAAAACAACAACAAUUGGGCUUGAGCGGCCUUAGUUUUCCGAGCGUGGCCGCGGCGGACCCCUGGGCGCCCGCGGGCAGUACGGGCGCUGCGCUGCCGGCGCAGCGGUCGCAGUCGCCGUGGUCGCCGCCGCAUUCGCGCCAAACGCCCAACCCGUUCCUCUCCUAGCCGCAGCGAUCUACCGCCCAGAGUGGAGGUUAACCAGUGUGCCGCGCCACUGCACGCACUCGUCGCUUAUUGCUCCACUACACUACACUACACUACACAACCCACACUACACAACUCACACUACACAGCACACGCUGCAUAACUCACACAACACAGCCCGCACUAUCCGAGCAUCACUGUGUGUGAUACCACUAUUUAUUGAAUGUGCUGCUCGCGAUACUAUAUCCGUGAUGUAAAAUUGUAAAUUAUUGUCUCCUAUUAACAAAUAUUGUUUUGCAUUACUAAAUUAAUUUGUUAAAGUGCUCAUGCUGUCUUUUUCUAUUUGCAUAGAUUAAAAAAGUCUUUGUUUUGUGUGUCACACACAAAAAAAAAAAAUUAAAAAUAAAUUGGUCCAAAUUAUUGUAUAUAUUAUCGUUGUCUAUCAAAUAAAUUUAGUAAUGCAUUAGAAUUGCAAUAUUGAAUCAUUAAAACGACGCGUCCGCUGCUCCAGAAUCUAAAUAAAUGAAUAAGAAAUCAACUACUUACAUUCUUAUACGAUUUUAAAGAUUUAUUUAUAUGUAAAAAAAAAAAAAUAUUAAAUAAAAUAUCAUAGAAAUUGGUACGCAACGGACGGGUCGUAAUCACAGUGUAUAGAACAGCCAGUAGUCCAACGGUUAGUCGGGAACCAUUGCGGUAGUGUCCGUUGGACUGCUGGUAGUAUUUCUUUAGACUGUGCACUAAUAGUCAGGUAGUUGAGUGCUCACAAUGGGAGUGAAAUACAGUGAUAAGUCACAAUAAACCUACACUCCCCUACGCCAUGAUGAAAGGGCGCACACCAUGGGAGUACCAACGACUGUUAUACUCAAAUUAGCGAUUUCCAAUAUUUCCGAAUGAUAUUAUUUUGUAAACGGCUGUUACAAAGUUGUGUUACAAGCUAGUUUGUUAAAAAGUGUGUUAAAAGCUAGUUUGUUGUCCUGGCACUGUGCCAGGACUACAAACUAUAUUGUAGGUACCAUUGCUAGCGGCAUAAGCCUCCUACUUGAGGAUAAUUGCCAGUUACCACGCUUGGCAGGCGGAUUGGCAACCGCAGUUUAGGCUUUGGGGGUAUUCUAAGAGGGAUUGCUGUCCAUCUCUCGCCCUCCUUUAGUCGUCUCUUACGACACCCACGGGAAAGGAAGGAUAUACAUAAUACGGGUACCCAAUACAAAUUGUAAUUUAUAAAUCAAAUUUGACAAACAAUACAGAGACUAGAGUUAUUUUUGUUUUAUUUAUCAUGUAUUUUUUUUUUCUAUCUAACAAAUGUUGCUAGUCUUAAAAAAGUGUCCGUUUAAAAUCUAACAAAACAGUGUUGCUAGCAAAAAAAUUUACUUAGUGACACUACUAGGUUAUUUUUUUUUUGUUAGAUUUUGACGCAACGGAACAGGUGUGCGCCCUUUUAAAAUAUGCUAAAUGUAGUAUGAAAUUACAAUAUAUUUUUGUACGCCGAAUGUAAUUGUUUAUUAUCAAUGGUUUUUCGGUUGUUAAAUUUUGGAUGAAAAUAAUGAAAAACUGAAAUUUGACUCGACAUGACCUUUAGCAUUGUACCGGUAUGAAAUAUUUUUGUAUUAGCACUGUUACACUUGAUUAAUUGCUUUUUAAGAGAUGGAUUUAGACGAGGUGAUUAAUUUUUGGUAUGAACACGCUAAGUGUGUUCUCUCGCUGCUCGAGUUCGUUCUUCUUGUAGUCUAAAUCCACCUUUAUUAUAACUGUAUCAUAAUUUAUUUAUUAAUACUUGAAAUACAAUUGCACUGGCAUUGUUGACUGUUUAACUCCGCCCUACAAAUAUCGUCAAUGUACAUGGAGAGUUUAUGUAAAUAAGUUAGGGAAAUAAUAGAUUUAAACUAAAACAAAGAAUCAUUAGAAAUCCCGUCGUUUGAGAAAUCUUUUAAAUUGUAUUUUUUUUUUUGUUUAUUAAUAUAUUUACACUAAUAUUAUAAAGAGGAACGAUUUAUAUUUUUGUAUUGUGUGUAUGUAUGUUUGUAAUGAAUAAGCUCAAAAACUAUUUUGCCGAUUUCAAAAAUUCUUUCACCAUUAGACAGCUACAUUCACCCUAAGUAACAUAGACCAUAUUUAUUGCUAGAAAAGAUUGGGGAUCCUUACUAAAACUUUAGUUACGUAACUCAUGGUGUAAAAAAUGCUAUAAAAUAUCUUUCGUCGCGUGCGCUGCGGAAACUAUUGGUGAUAGAACAAAAGUAUGUUGUACAAUAUUGAAGAAAAUAUCAAUUACUACAAAAAACUUCGCGACACUAUACGUCUCUUUUGUUUUUCUUGGUAGAACAGACUCUUGUACUAAUGGUUUUUUAAUCUAUAUUAAGUAUUUAUAAGUGGUUACCAAGAAAUUACUUAAAAAUUCUUCUAAGCGGGUUAAAGGAGGCAUUUCAUUAUCUACACAGCUAUUUUAACUAUGCCUGUUCAAAUAUAUAUAUGUAUGUAUGUAUGUAUAAAAACAAAUUCAGUUUUUUAAAUUCAAAAACACAAACAGAAAAUUGCAUCUGUCUAGAUUUACAUAAAUUCUCUAUAGCAUGUGAAGUGGAGUAACAAUUUAUUUUAUUCACCAACAACUAACGCUUAGCGAUGUGAACUGGUCAUUGACUUCAUACAUCUAGAUAACGCCGUCUCUACACGUGUAGAUAUAAGGGUUAUUUUCGUAAAACUAUAAUGUACAAUGUAAGUCCUCGCCACAAAAAGCUAGAUUUGGUUUUAAGAUACAAUAACGAUAUUAAGCCAGUGAAACAAAUAUUUUUUUUGAAAUAUAAAUAAUUUUUGGAUUUCCUAAUAUAAUAGUAAGUUGACAGGUGAUAUUGGAAGCUAAAAAAUUGUUGCUAUGCAAAAAAUUUACUGUUACACUGGUGUUUAAGUUAAAAAUAUGGUAUUUAUUUCGAUUGCAUAUAUAUAUAUAUAUAUAUGUGUACAUGUAUAUUAAACAUAUUUCUUUCACGUGAAAGAAAGAGUCUAGAUAAACUAAAAAUUAUGUUGGUACACUUGAUACGACACGACAGACUUAUGAAUGUCACAAUAGAUAGUAAGAUAGAAGGAAAGAGGGGAAGGGGGAGACCAAUACAUACAUAGUUCCAUCAGGUAUAUCAAAGGAAAUGUUGGUGUCGUGUCGUACCAAGAGGUGAAGAGACUCGCUGCGAAUCGUAGUGAGUGGCAAAGAGGUCAUAAGAUGGUUGGUCACGAACAAAAUUAGACAAGAAGUUCUAGAUGUCGCUGGAAUCGACACUUGUGGUUUUUUAUUUAUUAUUUUGUAAUUAAAGAUAAUUUAAAUUGACGAAUGGUUUUUAUUAUUAUGUAUAAGUGUGAAAUGACAGAUAAUACUUUAUCCGAAUGAAUUAUAACUCACACAAUUGCAAUAUUUCUUGCUAUUAUGUGGUUUUUCACAAAGUUGUACAAUACAAGAGAAUAAGGACAAGAAUUAUGAUAAAUUUCCACUAUAUCGGUAAAGAAUAAAUAAAUCAAUUCGCCAAUUUAGAUUUUUUUCUUAAAUUAUCUUUAAUUAUAAAAUAAUAAACAAAAAUCACAGGUCUUGAUUUUAACGCCAUCUAGUAGUUCGUGUCGAAGUUGUUCAGUGACCUUAAAUUUAAAUGAAUGAAUCAAAUGUUGUAAACUGAUAAUUAUGUAGUCACAAAAUUGAUAACUUCUCGUGGCAGUGACUAAUGUUAGAAAUAUUAAACUGAAUUGCCUGCAAACGUGUUUCACGCUGCAGAUUUGAAAAAGUCACAAACAAAAUGUCGAUGGCUUAGGCCCCAUUCACACUGCAGUAUUGUAAUUAGGAUAUAUCGUGCUAAGUGCGUGACGUCUAUAUUUCAUUAUAGUACAUCUACAUGGUUGUCUAAUCUGUAUAUUCACUUUCUAAGGAUAAUUCUUAACUAUAUAUCCCUUUCAGACCUGAACGAUACGGGCGUGAGUUGUAACUUUAAAAAAUUCUAAAACCGCGCGCAAUUAAUUUUUACGCACGAAGCUGAAAUAACAUGAUAGUGAGAUUCUAAACCAGCCAACAAGAAAUCAUUUUAGCGGCUAGGCGGUGCAGUAGUCUCGUGCGUGCCGGCAAGAUGGCUUCGCCCCAAAACACGAAAAUAUAUUUAAUCUGAAAGAAAAAAAAUCUUGGGUCUGAAGGGGAUAUAGAGUCUGAAAAACUUGUAUUUGCAAUGUGAAUGAGGCCUUAGUUCGCAAAUGUGCUAAUUACACAAUUGUCAGUUUUGUAGGAGAGCUGUAUUUGUUAAUAUAUACAUAUUUACGUGGACAAGUUGUCCGAUUUAUACAAAUGUCCAAUAAUACCAUAAUUUAUUAUAGAUAGAGAGAGAGAGAGACGGCUGUAUAGCAUUUAUAAAUGAGAGCGAGCAGUGUAGAAAAUGUAGCACGUCUAGAAAUAAAAGUUUUGUAAUUAGUACAAGUGUGAACUGAAACACUGAUAUUAAAAUAUAUCGUCGGACUCCUGAGCAAUUUAUAAGUGUUUUUUUUUUUUUUUUUUUAAUGUGAGUGGGUGAGUGAUAACUAUGUGAACAAGUUUAUGAAUAUGAACUAAAACUAUUUACGCGGUGUAGGAUAAACAAUAUUAAUUAUUAAUAUAGGACAGACGUAGCACUGGCUGCGCGCAAUUAUAUUCUGUAUUUACUCUAACACUGUGUUGCGUACCAACCUACGUAGAUGAAGCUAUGGUUACCUUUUCUGUUACUGGCUAGUUACACUCACGAUAGAUGCGAUUCUGUAUCUAAAUGAAAUACUGCCUAUUUUUCCUUUGGACAAUUCUUAAUCCUUUUUUUUCUUUUCUAAAUAUUUUUUAUAAUAAAUAACAUGCACACUAUUUAUUAUAAUGUCUACCAAUGAUUUUGAAAAAAAAGUUACAAGCAUAAACGAAAUAUAGACAUAACGUUAAAUUAACUUCUUCUAUUUAUUCUUAUUUCAUCCCUUUCAAAUUUAUAUUCUACUAUUUUCUAUUACUAUCUAUAUCUAUGUCUACUACUAUCAUAACAUUGAAUGCCCAAAAAUUAUAUAAAAAAACAAGAUCACUUUAACUUGAUCGUGUUUGGAUACCUUUAUAAUGUCCAUUGCAGAAAAAAAAAAAACAUAGCUGUCAAAUUUAUUUUUUUUUCCAACCAUUUUUCCUUUAAUUUUGAACAUGAAUUAUAUCACCUUGAUAUAUUUCACAAAUAAAAAGAAAAUCAUGCAAAGAAGGAUUAAGGAAUAAUAUGGUCGAAACAGGCUGUUUUGAGUUUUGUCAUCAGAUUUUUUUUGUCUGAUUGUUCAAUGCACAGGUGUGCUAAUUCGAGAAUUUUACUACAACUUAGACAUAGAAAAUCAUUUAAAAUUUACUAGUUUAUUAUUAAAUAAUUGGGCAGCUAUAACCCUGUAUCUAAAUUGAACGGUUUUAUUGGUAAUCAUUGGUAACGAAUAAUAACGCGGCGCAAUCAAAUGCAAUUGUCACAGAGUAUAAAUGUGUGCAGCCAAUUAAGACAGUUAGGUACGGUAUACAAAAUAAUGUAAAUUAACAUUUUAUAUAGACUGGAUAACGCUGUGACGUAUUAUAGGCGUAGGUUCGGUCGACGCUGACGGGGCCUUACUCGAUAUCUGAUUGUAUUUAAUUACAUAUAUAUAUAUAUAUCUAUUAUACAAUAUUGUAUUCAUAAUUGAUUUUCAUUUAGUGUGGACAGGACAGGACAGGACAGGACUGGACAGGACCAAGUGAACGGUGUUUUUAAGCUAACAAAAAUGUCUUUGUAAUUUUGUUUUUAAUUAAUUUGUUGAUGUAAUUUUAUUGAUUCCCAACAGCUGUAUGUUAUUAUUAUUUUCAUUUUAUAAAUAUAAAAUUGUAAUUGUAAAAUGAAAUAUAACAUUGAUUAUAAAUUAAUGUAUGUAUCAUUUUUAUAUUGUCCAUACACAUUGGAUUUUCUUUAUUUGAUGGGUGAAAGUGGUGUGGUAACCCCGCCUGCGCUAACGGGAUACGCUGGCGGAGCACCAGUGAAGCGUGAUAGAUGAGAAUGAAAACAGGCCAGUUAGCCCAUCAUGAUGAAUUCGUCAGGAAUUAACCAUGAUAGUUUCCAGGGAGAACCGCGAGGAAGUCGACCUGGUUGGGUAUAUUUUUUUUAUGCGUGAAAAUGGUAUGUCAACCCCGCCUGCGCUAACGGGAUACGCUGGCGGAGCACCAGUGAAGGGUGAUAGAUGAGAAUGAAAACAGGCCAGUUAGCCCAUCAUGAUGAAUUCAUCAGGAAUUAACCAUGAUAGUUUCCAGGAGAAAUCGCUAGGAGGUCGAUCUGGUUGGGUAUAUUGCUAGCAAUGGGAUUCUCAGUCUCCAUUACUAACAAUCCCUUUGCCCCAGUUAAUUGGAUUUGAAUGUCAUUUGGUGAUGAGGAAAGAUAUUUUCCAUAGAUUUUCUUUUUCUUAUAAGAGUUUCCUCUUGUUGAGGCAAGUAAAUCAUGUAUUCCAUUUCAGGCCAUAUCUUUGAUCUCCCUAUGCGAUAUGACAUAUACAUACGCAUUAGUCAUUAAAAAAAAGUAACAAUAUAGUCGCCUACGUCUAUAACUCUGCAAGAUUUAUUCUUUGUCUAUGUUCUAAUUUCUGUAUUUUUUUUUUAUUUUUCCUUUUGAAUAUUCAUGAACAUUUAUGGUGCUAGUCAUGUCUAUAGGUGAGUGACAACUUUACAUCAGGUGGGCUGUCAGCUUGUUUGCCAUUUCGAAUUACAUACUCGUAUAUUUUAGAACAAAUUAUCAAAGGAUUUUGAGUGUACCUACAUUUAUCUAGAUAACAGUUUUUAAUUAUUUUUGUGUAAAGAACGAAUCAAAUAAAACACGAUCCACAUACAAUAUGAUUAUAAUUUAUUAAUUAAUAGUUUACAAAGACAUUAUCGUACAAAUAAUAAAUUUCAGGAUCAGCAAUGUUGCAGUACAGAUACUUAUGUAAACAUUUUGUUUAUUAUAAAAAAAACAUGAUUACAAAUUUACGAGAUACUUUUCCCGCGGGGCAAGUAACGCGCCGGGAGUACAUACAUACGGUUACACUUAUAUAAUCGCUUAUAUACAAGACAUAUAUUACGCACCAGUAUUACAAAAUGUGUUCACAUGUAAAAAAGUAAAAAAUCUCCCGGGUGAAGGCCUCAAGUACGCGAUAUCAUGGGCCGGACGACUAUCGGAAGCGGUGUCCCAUACAAAGCUUAAUCCUAUUAAUGUUACUUACAAUAACUUAACUAGUCUUAUAUCCAUUAACUAGUUAUAGGCCAGACUCCGUGCGGUAUUACGAUUUGAGCAACGUACGGGCCACAAACAUUGCGUCAACGCUGCCAGUAUCACGCUCUCCUAACGAGAUGCGCACGCGUCUGGUAUUGCGUCAAUCCCUGUUGAACUUAAAUUAAUUACGGAACAAUGAAUUUACUGUUGUCUCAACUCUGUAGGCAUCAGUCUCACGAUGUUAACAUUUCACUAACCUACGAGAGAUGGCGUUGUCGCCUUGUGCCGGUACAAAUGUAUAAAAUCCAUCGACUAGACACUAAUAUACCCAAUAAAUAGUCUCCAAAUAUCCAAUAAUGUCCCCCGAUACUAAUAAUUAUCGUUAACCUAAAAAUAAAUAAUUUCCAAGCACGAGCGACGGUCACAAAACAUUAAAAA